AUGCCUUCUAUAAAACUCACGUACUUCAACAUACCCGGCAGAGCUGAAAUUGCUCGCCUUAUCUUUACUCAAGCUGGAUUAGAGUACGUUGAUGAGAGGAUUGAAAAAAGUGACUGGCCAGAACUCAAAACUUCUGGUAGGUUUCCGUUUCAACAAAUACCAGUCCUAGAAAUUGAUGGGAAUGUUUUUUUUCAGAGUGGGGCCAUUACUCGUGCUGCUGCAGGCUUUACGGGCUUAGCCGGAAAAACUAAUCUAGAACAAGCUCAGGCUGAUGAAAUCUAUGACUUCCUAACCGUCGAUCUUAGGGAGCCGAUGAUUACAUUCUAUGUGAUGAAGGACGAAGAGAAGAAAGAGCAGUUAAGAAAGAAGUUUGUGGAAGAAACUGCCCCGAAAGGCUUGGGAUUUUUGGAACGUCGCUUAGAAAAUGCUGGUGGUGAAUACUUUACUGGCAAUUUAACAUAUGCUGACAUUGCCUUUUACGAAAUUUCCAAUAACUUGCUGAAAAUUCUUGAUGGAGGAGAAUGGGCAGAUAAAUUUCCAAAAUUAACCGCAUUGCGUGAUCGUAUUGCAAAUCUUCCCAACAUCAAGAAUUACAAACAAGAGUUCCAAUUCUAA